AUGGUAAACAUGGGAGUCCGUUUAGAGGAAGCAGUUCGAGAAGGGCGUCUAGUCAGAGAAGGAAGUUCAUCUUCAAGCGGGGCAAAGAGGUACGGCGGUUUUAUGAAAAAGAAGGAACAAGAAACUAAUGUUGUGUCCUAUAAUCAUCCAAGAAGGAUCAAUUAUCCUUACCAUUCCCAACACCAACAUAUAGCAGCCGUGACUCCAGUAAUCACUUCCGCUCCAGUUCAAGUCCAAUACCCUCAGCAGCGUACCAACCGCUUCCAACAGAAUACUCAGUAUCAGCAACAACAUCAACCUCAACAACAUCAACAUCAGUUACAACAACGUCCAUUACAGCAGCAAAGAAGAACCAAUUUUGAUCCAAUUCCAAUGUCAUAUGCAGAAUUGUAUCCAGCUUUGAUCACUAAAAACCUUGUGCAACCACGACCACGACCUCUUGUACCAGAAGUGCUACCUUGGUGGUACAAGCCAGAGGUAUCUUGUCCCUUUCAUCAGAAUGCUCCAGGUCAUGACUUAGACAACUGUUUUGCUUUAAAGUUGGAAGUACAGAAGUUGACAAGAGCAGGUAUCCUGACCUUCAAGAACAUGGGUCCCAAUGUGAAGGACAAUCCAAUGCCAAGUCAUGGUCCUUCAUCAGUGAACAAUAUAGAAGUUUGUCUCAAUGAACAAAGUGUUACGAAGAUAGAGGAGAUUCGGCGGUCUUUGGUUGAAAUUCGUUCUGUUUUAUGUGCUCAUGGUCUAUUCCAACAUGACCACCAGAUCUGUGGUACAUGUUCAGUCAAUUCAAGAGGUUGUAGAAAGAUUCAAGAUGAUUUGCAAGGCGUCCUUGAUCAGGGUUUGAUUCAGAUUUCUAGACAAGUGAGUUCUCCAGAAUCACAAGAACAAGAGGUGAAUGUCAUCAUUCCUUGCUUCAACAUUCCAGAGAAAGUAGAGAUAGCUUAUCAUCCGAGGGAGCCAGUGGUGAUUUGCCCUCCGGGCCCAAUGCCUUACACUUCAGAUAAAGCGGUCCCCUACCGCUAUGCAGCAACUAUUAUUGAGAACGGUAAAGAGGUCGAGAUUAAAACCUUAGCCUCAAUUACCAAUAUCGCAGCAAAUAGCCGAAUGACGCGCAGUGGCCGCGUGUUCGCUCCGCCGGUUAUCCCAAGUAGAAAUGUUGAGAAAGAUCCAGUAGUCGUGGUACCAAUGACAAGAGAAGCAGAAGGGCAAACAAGCAAUUCAACCCUUGAUAAAGAAACAGAUGAACUACUUAGAAUUAUCAAGCUCAGUGACUACAAAGUGGUAGAUCAGUUGCUACAGACACCGUCAAAAAUCUCGAUCCUGUCCUUAUUAUUGAAUUCAGUUGCCACAGAGAAGCACUACUGA